AUGACAUCUGCUAUAGCGCCCGCGUUGGCAACAACUGAACCCGCCGAUGUCAAGGCGAAGGAUGGCGCGGAGUGCGCACGCCAGCUGCCGCUGCACAAUGCGCCGUCCAUGCAUGACAUGCUAGCACUAAAGCGCCAAAGGCGCUCCUUGGAUGAGGUCUCUGUGGGCUCGCAGCAGAAUUCCGAACUCCCAUCGGAGCAGCAGCAAGCAUCCCCAGACAGGGCGACCUGCAGCGUUACAGAACCAGAUGCUGUGCAGACGCACUCUCCACAAUCGUCUACUAUUACAACUUCAAGCAGCUUCGCCUUGCCUGUCCUGCCCGCCGUACCUGGCGAGUCCAUGGCCGGGUACUUCACUCGGCUCCGGGACACCUUCUCGCAGCAUCAAGCCCAGGCGCCACGUGUAACGACCUCCCUGGAGCUGGAUGGCAUCUAUGUGCGCAAACGGCCCAUCCGCGCUCCUAACGGCUCCAGUCCCCUGGCCGUGUGUGGCAGUGUACUGCACCACGUGGUGGUGUACGUCAAGCAGGGAGAGCUGCUGCACACGUUGGACUACGGCCCAGCUAACGGGGCGGAUGUGACGGCAAACAUCUUGGAAGAGGUGCCUGCCAAGAAGGUGCUGACAACCGGCCCUGUAACGGAGGAACCGCUUAGCAGUGCCACAGCCGCCACAGGCGCCAAUGUGGCGGCACCGGUCGGCGGAAGUGACGGCACGGCGGGCACCCUACCCCUCCCCGGCGUGGCGGUCACGCAGGAGGAGCUGCAGUACAUGUACCUGGGUCCCGCAACAUAUGAUGUGGAACACCCGCUUGUACGGCAGCUGAUUGCUUUCGCCGAGUCGAGGCCCUACCAUGCGCUGCGCAACAACUGCAUCCAUUUCGCUGAUGUGUUGGUGCGCGUGAUGACGGGGACCGCCGUACGCGGUGUGACACUCCUGUACGACAUUACAUGCGGCUCCGUACCUGUGGUGGAUAACCCGAUGUUGUUGAUGAUGCAGCUCAUGCUGCGGAUGUCCUGGUUCUAUCUCGACAGGUUCGUUGUUGUGGACGGCAGCCCAUUGGCGGCAGCCUUCCAGGAGCACUGCCGCGCCAUCAGCCGACCAGACCACCCGCAGCCGCAAGCCCCGCCUCCGGCAGAGCAAAUUGACCCGCGGGUCGCGGUCGCGGCUGACUCAGUGAAGGAAGACCAGGGCGACAACAUCACUGCGGCAGCCACCGCUGCACCCGGUCUUGGCUCUGCGGGCAUGGAUGCGGCUGUGAAACAGAUCGCGACGCAGGGGGUGCAAGACGCGGCGGGGUUCAGGGUUGGGGACGAGCGCUCGCGGGAGCUGUUGCAGCAACAGGUGGCAGGAACGCGUGCGGCGCUGGGGUUGCUGGGUGCAGAGGAGCCGCUGCAGGAGCGGGAGAACGUCCAUGCGCUGUGUGAAGUGGAGGAGCCAGAGUCAUCCAGUGCCAACUUGAAGGGCAUCCCGCGGAACAGUUACCGCUCUGCCUCUUCUGGCAGAAAUAGAGAAGCGGGUACGAAGCUCGACGUGUUCCUUGCGCUUUAA